AGUCAAGUAAAUAGCGUUAAAUGGGUUACGAAUAGCGAUAAUCUCAUAAUCACUUCAUCGGCCGACAAGACAUCUAUUGUUUGGGAUUUGGAUUCAUAUGAAGCGAAAUACCGACUCUCGGGACACAAAGAAUCGGUGACUUUGAGCCACUCUUAUCUGUUGAGUGACAAUCAGUUGCUGUCUUUAAGCACUUCCACCGAUAAGUGGAUUAAAAUCUGGUUAAAUGACAAACAAAUAUCACAAUUAUUUGUUAAUAAUUUUAUAUUUGAUUUGAAAAUUGUCAAAAACACAGACAUUUUUGAUGAUAUCGUUAUAAUAACCGUGGGAUCCAAUGAAACCAUUAAUUUAUAUCAAUUCAAUGAAAGUGAUUAUCAAAUGAAGUGUUUAAUUGAACUCAAAGGACACGAAGACUGGAUUCGAGCCAUUGAUGUGUUUUCGACAAAAAACAACACACUAAUGAUCGCCACUUCAUCGCAAGACUCGUUCAUUCGGGUCCAUCAGAUCCAACGAACAGACGAAUGCGAGUCAGAUAUGAAUCGUUUGGUAUUUUCGAUGCAAACUAAUGAUUUAAUACACAAUUAUUUGGUGCGAUUGGAGACUGUAUUGGCCGGACAUGAGGGUUGGGUGACCGAAGUUCGUUGGUAUCAGUCGUGUGAUAAUAGAUUGCAAUUACUGUCGGCUUCAAUGGAUAAGACAAUGAUUUUAUGGCAAUCGCCAGAUGAGGAGAAUUUAGACGAUCUCUGGAUUGAAUGUCUUAGAGUUGGAGAAAUUGGUGGAAACACAUUGGGAUUCCUGGGCUGUGCCUCCUCUGUAGAGCUCAAUGUGAUAGUCGGCCACAGCUUUAACGGCGCCUUUCACUUAUGGAAAUGUGUUGACAACCAAUGGAAGCCUUAUGUGGCUAUUAGUGGACACUUUGAUGGCGUAACUGAUAUUUCUUGGGAACCAAAGGGAGAGUAUUUGUUGAGUUGUUCCAGAGAUGAGACAACGAGAUUGCAUGCGAUCUGGAACUCUAGUGAUAACAAGAGCUCAUGGCAUGAAAUAUCGAGACCACAAAUACACGGCUAUGAGAUUAAAUGCAUUGCAAUGAUUGACAGAAAUUCCUUUGUUUCCGGUGCUGACGAAAAGGAGUCGUUCACAAACACUGUAUAG